GGCACAUUUUCGAUUUUCUUAGCCAUCGCGAACAUCUUCACUACCUCAAUCGACCUUACGACCAAUUACGCCAACCCACCCAACAAUCCCCGACUUCCCUUUCGCCCUCUCGAUUCUCACCACGAAGAAGACGACAGAGAAGCCGAAAACAUGAAGUUCCUCAAGGUCGGCCGAGUAGCCAUCAUCACCCGCGGCAGAUACGCCGGAAAGAAGGUCGUCAUCAUUCAGCCCGUCGACAGCGGUAACAAGCUCCACCCCUACGGCCACGCCAUCGUCGCUGGUAUUGAGCGAUACCCCUCCAAGAUCACCCGACGCAUGUCCAAGACGCGACAGGAGAAGCGAUCAAAGAUCAAGCCCUUCAUCAAGGCCAUCAACUACAACCACUUGAUGCCCACCCGAUACACCCUCGAGCUUGAGGGUCUUAAGGGUGUCGUCUCUAACGACACCUUCAAGGAGGUCAGCCAACGUGAGGAUGCUAAGAAGAACGUGAAGAAGGUCCUAGAGGAGCGCUACACAAGCGGCAAGAACCGAUGGUUUUUCACACCCUUGAAAUUCUAAUCCUUUCGUCUGCAUACAACUUCCGUCGUUCGGUAUUAGGGGGGUUUCGGUCUGGGAUGUAAAUCGCAUCAUCAAAUGGCAUUAGGAGCCUCAAAGGGUCUUGCUCUGAAUUAUUCAGGAACAUGAAAAAUGAAACACACUUGACGAAUGAACCUCUACCUGCUUUUUAUCUCGGGGCGUACAUAUGUGACCUUGUGGGCUACCAUCAUUCACGAGAUAACUUGUGGAUCGUAGCAAUAUGCCGAGAUAUAGUCCUAUGGCAUAAGCUGAAUAGCUAACAGAAUUUACGACUAUAAUCUAUUCUUAGAUGUCUCCCUA